ACUAUCCAAGUUCUCCAACUCUUCUUUAUCAUUUUCAAUCUCUCUCAAUUGAUAUUCAAGGAAUAUAUAGACGUUUAUUAUCUAUUUAUAUAUAUCUAGUUAUAUUUACACAUCAAGAUCUAGCGAAAAUGCCUGCGUUCAGCCGCCUCGUUCGCUUCCUUGCCAAGGACGGCCACAUCUAUUAUGGCGACGCCAUUCUCCCCUCUGGAACCACCGACAUCGCCAAAACGACCAAGGCGCGCGUGAUCCAAGGUGAUAUCUUCGGCCAGCACUUCGUAACCGACCGGGUCGCAGAAGUCAAGACCCUCCUGGCACCUCUGGCUCGAGAUGAUGUCAAGACCGUGCGCUGUCUGGGUUUGAACUACGAGCAGCACGCGAAGGAGUCCAAUAUGCCCGCUCCCAAAUACCCCGUCGUGUUCUUCAAGCCCGUUACAUCGCUGUCUGGUCCGACGGAUGAGAUUCCCGUUGGACCUAUGGCGCAGGAAGUCGAGGGGGUUGAUUACGAGUGCGAGCUGGUUAUCGUCAUUGGCAAGGAGGCCAAGAAUGUCUCCGAGUCCGAGGCUCUGGAUUACGUCCUGGGCUAUGCGGUUGGUGACGAUGUCUCCCACCGCGAGUGGCAGAUCAAGCGCGGUGGUGGCCAGUGGGCGCUGGGCAAGGGUUUCGAUGGCUGGGCGCCUUGGGGACCCGGUAUCGUGUCGUCGGACAUCAUUCGCAACCCGAACAACCUGCGAAUCUCGACCAAGUUGAACGGCAAGACUGUCCAGGACUCGACGACUAAGGAUAUGAUCUUUGGCGUCGCCAAGACUGUGUCCUUCCUUUCUCGGGAUACUACCUUGGUUCCUGGUGAUAUUAUCUUUACGGGAACUCCCCAAGGUGUCGGCAUGGGCCGUAAGCCUCAGCUGUGGUUGAAGGACGGCGACGUGGUCGAAGUGGCUUUGGAGGGCGUUGGAAGCUGCACCAACAGGGUGGAGUUCACCAAGCCCUCGUCCGCUAGAGCUUACAAGCUGUAGAUUCAAUCAAGUUUAAUAUGUCCCUGGGGGACUGCAGCUGCUUGUGGCAGCGCUCAAUGUAAAUUCGGUCUCUAACCGUGAAUUUUGGAUA